CACACUGCAACUGCAUAAGCCUAAACCCUGAAAUUCCACCGGCUACGAUACGAUCCUCAUAGCAUCCGACUUCCUCUCUCACAGCCUCUCUUAGGGUUGGUUCCGCGACAUGGACGAAGAUAUGUCCCGGCGAGUUCAGGUCCGGUUCGUCACGAAGCUGAAGCCUCCAUUGAAGGUCCCUUCCGCUUCGAUCGCAGUCCCUGCUAAUCUCACCAGAUUGGGCCUCUCCGCCGUCGUCAACAAUCUCAUCCAAUCCGGAAGCCCGGAUUGGAAUCCGGAGCCAUUUGAUUUUUUGAUUGAUGGUGAGCUCAUUCGGAUGUCUCUCGAGCAGUUUCUUCUCGCCAAAGGCGUUUCUGCGGAGAAGAUAUUGGAGAUUGAGUACAUUAGAGCUGUAGCCCCACGGAAAGAGGAAGACGCAUCUGUGCAUGAGGACUGGGUUAGUGCAGUUGAUGGGUCCAAUCCCGGGUUCAUUUUGACAGGAUGUUAUGAUGGUUUAGCAAGGGUAUGGGAUGCUCCUGGAUCAUGCAGUCAUAUAUUAGGAGGACACAGUGAUGCAAUUACUUCUGUUAGCGUCAUUGAUCAGGAAGGAGCUGAGAGUGUUUGUGUGGCAACUGCAUCAAAAGAUAGGACCCUAAGGUUGUGGAAGAUUCAUUACAAGGGAUCUCUUAAUUCUCCUGCGAUGAUAAGGGCAUUUAAGAUUCUACGGGGGCAUAAAGCAUCAGUGCAAAGUGUUUCAGCGAGGUCUGCUGGAGACAUGAUCUGUUCUGGUUCUUGGGAUUGUACUAUAAAUUUAUGGAACGCGAAGGAGUUGGGUGCAGACGAUAAUCCUGUAACAGUCAAGAAGAGAAAAGUUAAUAAUCAAGUUGAGGAAUCUCAAAUGGAGGAGGAAGCUGUGUCUACACUUGUAGGCCAUACACAAUGUGUAUCUUCAGUGAUUUGGCCACUUCCGGAAACAAUAUAUUCUACUUCAUGGGAUCACUCCGUCAGACGGUGGGAUGUUGAGACCGGCAAAGAUUCGUUAAACAUAUUCUCUGGGAAAGUCCUCAAUUGCCUUGAUAUUGGAGGUGAAGCCUCUGCUUUGAUUGCUGCUGGAGGUUCUGAUCCUGUUGUCAGGAUAUGGGAUCCUCGCAAACCAGCAAGUUCUGCCCCCAUCUUCCAGUUUUCGUCACACACUUCUUGGAUUUCGGCUUGCAAGUGGCACGAUAAAUCUUGGUUUCAUCUACUUACCGCAUCGUAUGACGGGAAGAUAAUGCUAUGGGAUUUGAGGACUGCUUGGCCUCUGGCUGUCAUUGAUUCUCACAAAGAUAAGGUUUUUUGUGCCGACUGGUGGAGAGGUGAUUGUGUGGUUAGUGGCGGGAUGGACUCAAAACUGCGGAUUUCUUCAGGGAUACCUAUUCAAUGAGGUCCUCAAUAUGAUCAUGAGCUCAUCUGGUGAAAGUUGCAAUCGUGCUUUUAAUGACGGUAACCAUGCUUGUAAUUAACACCUUGCUGCUGAUGUUUUUUCCAAAUCUAUAUAUGAGAGCUUGGUUGGGAUUCACGAAUUCUAAUAAGCAUACAAAGUCCAAAUCUAUGAGGAGUUAUUUAUCAAGAGUUGUUCCAAGCCUAUCCAGCUUUGGUUUGCUAAGACCAAGAUUUGCCUUAUGAUUCGGCAGUUCAUGGAAAUUUUCUGCGGGCAAGCACCGUCAGUCUGGGAGCCUCUUGACUGAUUAAAGACAAUCUUUAAGCCUUUAAAAUGUAUCAUUUGAUUUAGAUGUUGCAGAAAAUAGCUGGAUGUCUAUGCAUCCGAUUUUGCGUUUGCACGUGCGAGUAUGCUCUUCUGUUGUUCACAUAUUAUAUUGUGAGGGGAAAGAGGAUGUUUUCAGAUUCGAUAAUUGCAUUCCGGAUAACGGUUGUUAAUUGACUUUCAUUAGGCUGAUUUUUCUUUAGUGAAAUCGAUUUUAGGUGAAUUUUGU